UCUACAUACCUCAGAGCUAGCCUUUGAAUCUGUAACUUUCAAACUCUUGCAGACUUGCACCCUUCAACAACUUCCAUCCACAAACAACCGCCAACAUGGGUAAGGAGAAGACUCACAUCAACGUCGUCGUUAUCGGCCACGUCGACUCCGGCAAGUCGACAACCACCGGUCACUUGAUCUACAAGUGCGGUGGUAUCGACAAGCGUACCAUUGAGAAGUUCGAGAAGGAAGCAGCUGAACUCGGCAAGGGUUCCUUCAAGUAUGCCUGGGUGCUCGACAAGCUGAAGGCCGAGCGUGAGCGUGGUAUCACCAUUGAUAUCGCCCUCUGGAAGUUCGAGACUCCAAAGUACUACGUCACUGUCAUCGAUGCCCCAGGUCACCGUGAUUUCAUCAAGAACAUGAUCACUGGUACCUCCCAGGCUGACUGCGCCAUUCUCAUCAUUGCUGCCGGUACUGGUGAGUUCGAGGCUGGUAUCUCCAAGGAUGGCCAGACUCGUGAGCACGCUCUUCUCGCCUACACCCUUGGUGUCAAGCAGCUCAUCGUCGCCAUCAACAAGAUGGACACCACCAAGUGGUCCGAGGACCGUUACAACGAGAUCAUCAAGGAGACCUCCUCCUUCAUCAAGAAGGUCGGCUACAACCCAAAGACCGUCCCAUUCGUCCCGAUCUCUGGUUUCAACGGCGACAACAUGAUCGACAACUCCACCAACUGCCCAUGGUACAAGGGCUGGGAGAAGGAGACCAAGACCAAGUCCACUGGCAAGACCCUCCUGGAGGCCAUCGAUGCCAUCGACCCACCUCAGCGACCAACUGAGAAGCCUCUCCGUCUCCCACUCCAGGAUGUGUACAAGAUUGGUGGUAUUGGCACGGUCCCAGUCGGUCGUGUCGAGACCGGUAUCAUCAAGGCCGGUAUGGUCGUCACCUUCGCCCCAGCUGGUGUCACCACCGAAGUCAAGUCCGUCGAGAUGCACCACGAGCAGCUCACUGAGGGUCUUCCUGGUGACAACGUCGGCUUCAACGUCAAGAACGUCUCCGUCAAGGAGAUCCGUCGUGGCAACGUUGCCGGUGACUCCAAGAACGACCCACCAAAGGGCUGCGACUCCUUCAACGCCCAGGUCAUCGUCCUCAACCACCCAGGUCAGGUCGGUGCCGGUUACGCUCCAGUCCUCGACUGCCACACUGCCCACAUUGCCUGCAAGUUCUCUGAGCUCCUCGAGAAGAUCGAUCGUCGUUCCGGCAAGUCCAUUGAGAACAGCCCCAAGUUCAUCAAGUCUGGUGACGCUGCCAUCGUCAAGAUGGUGCCAUCCAAGCCAAUGUGCGUUGAGGCUUUCACCGACUACCCACCACUCGGUCGUUUCGCCGUCCGUGACAUGAGACAGACCGUCGCCGUCGGUGUCAUCAAGUCUGUUGCCAAGUCCGACAAGGGUGGUGCAGGCAAGGUCACCAAGGCCGCCCAGAAGGCUUCCAAGAAGUAAACGGUCUCUUGACUGGAACUUCUGUUCUCAAAUUCACAAGCGGGUGUUGAUUUGGAUUGUGUUGUUUGAGUCCUUCUUUCUCUCGAUGCAGAGAUGGAGCGGGCUUUUCUUCCCUUCUCGAUCCCAGAUACCCGGUCUGAGUACCACUACUUCGGCAUCAGCAGCAUUGUCCUUGGUCGUUGAGGUGAUGCGCUGCAACAACAAGAGCGAACGACCACCUUUUCCUUUGUUAUGAAAUCAUGAGCGAUGAUGAUGGCUACGGUUCUGCGGCGGAUAACCAGUCUUAUGCAACUGGGCUUGCCUGUAGCUUUAGAUUUUCACGGCUUCAAACAGGCCCAUGAACAAAAGCAGUUUGGAGAGUACCUUCAGUGCCACCCG